AUGACCAACCAAAACAUUCACAUAGUUGAGAAAUCGAAAAAAAAAUGGAAGAAGCAGAAAAAGAAGGAAUAUAUCUGGACUGGAAGGAAUAUUUUUGUGAGGGAGGACGAAAUUCCAAAAAUAAAAAUUGUAGAACCAUAAUAUUGGGUUACUGUACAAUAUGAAAUAAGUAAGUACUGUACAAAAAUUGAGAUUUUUAAUGAUUUUCGGCACAAAAUGUGACCCAGGAAACAUGAGAAUCCACGUGGCAUAAUUUGUCAAACUUGAAGUUUUGACGCAAAAAAUCCACGUGGUAUUAUUUUACGAAAUUUCAGUGUUAAAAUCCACAAUUAUAAUUUUUAUUCGCGUGAACCUUUUGGCAUUUUGGACACGUCAUCACAUACUAUAAAAAGAGAUCUCUCGCGGGAAAAAUCAUUAUUUUAGUAUUUCAAGUGGUUCUAUAUUAGACCUUCCAUAGUUCUAUUCAACAAAACUAUUUUAUUCGCUUUUUGGUAAAAUGUAUGUUUUUCAAAUCUCCCACCAUAUUGAACGCACAAGUGCGCUCUAGCGAACAGCGCGAAAAUUCAAAUAUUUCAAUUCGUGUUCGCGCGCGCUCAACAAUUUUCAUUCUGUUUCUUUUCUCUGCAGCGUUUCGAACUCAGGAAAACGAGGCGAAGCAUCGACAGAGAAAUUUUGAUAGAACUUUUCUCUGCUGGUUGUCCGCCCCAUUCUUCUGAGCGUUUAUAAACUUUUCUUUCGAAAAAAAUGCAAAGAUUUCGUAAAUUACUUCCUCUCAAUAUAUUGUUCUCUAAAAACUACUUGUUGUUAUGGAAACGUUUUUUUUCAGAAGAAUGGAUGAUUUAUCACUUCUCCAGGAUUCCCAAGAGGAAAGGAAUGAUCAAACUCCGCUCAACAGAAAAUCGAUGUCACAACCAGUGCUUCCACAAGGACCUUCAACCAGCAGCCAAAAUGUUCGAAAUAUCCCAAUAAUUCAAACUUGGCACGAGAACGAAGAAUUGAAGGGAAAGAUGUAUACACUGCGAUGUGAAGUUGAUAUGUAUAAACAUCGAUAUGAAAUGGCAAAAGAAACCAUGCAUCAAAGUGUACAAAAUGUGCUGGAUGAAUAUGUCACUUUAAAAUUGAAUCAAGAUGAUGCAGAUCAAAAAAUUCGUGAUUUUCAAGUCGUCAAUCAACAACUUAUUGAUUUGCGUGAAAAAUAUGAUGACAUGAAAUUCAAAUUGGAUGAAAAAGAUGCCGAAAUUCGUCGUCUUCAAGAGGAAUUUGAUCGAAAAUUGUCGGAAUUCGAAAGGACUCCGAAUCCAGAAUCAUCUUUGAAUUUGACAACUUCUUCGUUCAAAGGUACUUUGGACGAUAUUUUGAAGAAAGAUGAUCCAGAUUUCACGUUGGUUGGACCGGAUGAUAAGAAGAUAAUGGAACUCGAGGACAAAUUGUUCACCGAAAUGGAAAAAGUCUUCAAUUUGCAGAAAUUGGUUGACGAAUUGCGUGAUGAUUUGAGCGAAAAAUCAGCUCGUUUGGCCGAAUCUGAUAACCAACGAAUUCAAUUAUUAGCAUCAAAAGGACAAGGAAUUCUUGGAAUGGCAAAUGAAUCAAAAACAUUUGUAAUUGGAGAUGGAAGAGAUUCAUUGACAACUGAACAACUCGCUUAUAUUGAUGAAUUGGAAAAGAAUUUGAAAAUCACACGCGAAAAUUUGGAGAAAACAACAUGUGCACUUGGAGAAUAUAUGAAUAAAGUGAGCAGAUUGGAAAGAGAAUUGCAUAAUUUGAAGAAAAACAAUACAUUUGACACGUCUUCUUAUUUGUAUGAUGCAAAAACGGCGGAAGAAUUGAAAGCACAGAUUGCUCGAACCAACGCUGAACUCAAUAUUCUACGAACUGAAAAUCGAAAUUUGAGAAUUCGUUGUGAUCGUAUGAAUGGUGGUUUGGGAAAUGUCAGUGAUUCAUUUGGACAUUCUCGACUUUUGGCUGGAAUUUCAGCACAUGCAACUGGAAGAGCAUCAACAACCUCAUCAAUGGAUGUUCAACAAAAUGAGCAUAAUGAGAGUAGCCGAGUAUUCCCACCACAAUUGCUUCGAAACAAUAGUGAAUUGUCGGAGAAUGAUAGUUGUUUGAUGGAUUUAUCAUCAGCAAGAAGAAUGGUUGGUUUUUCAUUGUGAUUUUGAACAUUGAAUAAUAAAAAAAAUUGUUGCAGAACGCUGAAGACAAUGAAAACUUCGAAGCAGCAGUUGCACAAUUCCAAGAAUAUAUGGCGACUCGAAACGAUUCUCUCGAAUGCUCACUAAAUGAAUCAGUUCCCGCUGUUAUCGGAUCAUCCGAUUCUGAGAAACGAGAAUCGAUGAAUUCACGAACAUCAUCGGCGUUGACAACAAUUCCAGCUCAUGAAUCAUCGAGUCGUCGUUUGCCAACUCAUUUGGAUAUUCCUCUUCUUCAAGAAGUUCAAAAUGUGAGUUCACUAAAGAUUUUUCAGAGGGCAACAAUUUUUAAAUUUUCAGAUUCUCGAUACUUCGGCUGCUCUCAUUGAAGGCAAUCAAGUUGCAUCGAUGGAUGUUGAGAAAAUGCAAGCGAAAAUGUUGGCAGUUCGAGAAGCUCUUACUCGACUUUUCGAUCGUCUCAAAUCAUCAGCUGCGUUGUUCGAAGAAAUCUUGGAGAAAAUGGGAUCAUCGAGUCCAAUGGCUGAUCAAAUCCAAAAAAUGAAAUUGGCAUUUGAGAAUAGUAUUUGUGAUCAUGAAGAUGUUUCGCAAUUCCUGGAAGCCGCUGAACAAGAUCUCAAUAAUUUAUCAUUGAAUUUUUCGGUUCUCGAAAAAUCGAUUAUGAAUCAAUCAGCAAUUGCCGAUAUUUCUCGACGUUUUUCGAUUGCUCCAAAUGCAAAUGAUAUUUUAUCAUCGAGUAUCAAUUUGAACAAUUCCCAAUAUUCUCCAGUCUUCAAGUUUCAAAAUGGCAAUGCUGAAAUUGAGAAAUUGAACAAGCAAAUUGAGGAAUUGAGAGAGGAAUUGGCAAGAACUCGAAGAUCCUCUUCAUCAACUCCAGAAGUUUUGCAAAGACAAUUGACUGAUACACAAGUGAAAGCAUCGAAGAAUUUCGAAGAUUUGGAAGUUUGUCAGGCAACAUUGAAUCGAGUUGAAUCGGAAAAGUUGAAAAUCGAAAGAGAAUUGAGAGAAUUGAAUGGAAGAUAUUCGAAUAUUGAGGCAAGACUUGGAGAAACUGAACAUGAAUUGAGAGAAUCAAUGAAAAUCAUUGAAGAAGAGAGAAAAGUCCGGAAAGAUCAAGAAACUGUGGCAAAUAAUUCAAUUAUGGAAUUGAGACAACAAAUCAAUGCGUAUCAAGAGAAUUUGACACAAAAUGGAAACAUUUCGAAAUCUCUUGAAAAAGAGUUGAAAGAAGCAUUGGUUAGUUUAAUCAAAUUCUUUGGAAUAUAAAAUAUGAUUUUGUAGGAUGCUGAAAAUGAGUUGCGAGAUGCUUAUGAGGAAUUAUCCAAAGAGGCUGAGCACUUGAAAGUGUUGCUCUCCGAUUCUGAAUCGAAGUUUGUUUCAACGUGUCGAGAAAAUCGAAAAUUGAAUGAUGAAUUGAAUGAGAUGGAAGUCGAGAUUCAAAGAUUGAGGAAAUUCGAGGAGGAACAAACUGAUUUGAACAAGAAGACGGAGAAAGCUGAAAACCGCAGAAGCGCCCAAUUUGAUGUAGGAAUUUUGCCCAAGUUUUUUCCCCAAAAACACCAUAUUUUUUACAGAGUUAUGCGAGAAGUACUCAAACACUUGAAGAAAGUAAAAAGGAAGAUAAUACUGUGGAAUUAACAGAGUUAAAAUCAUUCGAAACUGAAGCUAUUCAAGGAUUGCAAAGUAUUCAGAAUGAAUUGAGUGGACUUGUUGAGAAGAAAUUGAAGAUUAAGAUUUGUGCUGGAAAUGUUUCUUCAAUUCGUCUUGGUUGCCAGGAAAUUUGCAAACGAUUGGAGCAAGAACAAGUGAGAAGACAUGAACAUGCUGAAGUACUUCGACAAGUCAAUGAUACAUUGGAAAAGAAGACGGAAACACUUGCGAUUGUAAUGUCAUCGAAUAAAGUUGGACAAGAGAAUAUUGAACCACAAUCUAGUUCGAAUGUGUUGAGCGAUGAGAAAAAGAGUUAGUUUGUUAAUCGAAAAAAAUUGCAUUUCAUUUCAUUUUUCUAGAAUACCGUGAUCCAACUCGUCAACUUUUGCACGAUGCCACACAAGCAAUUGAUGCGAUUGUUCAAAAAAUGAAGAAAACUGUGAAUUUGGAAGGAAUGACUGGUGAAUUGAAACCAACAAUUGCAGCAAUUCUCGUUGAUUCAAGACAUCUUCGUGAUUUCCUUCAUCAAAAAUUCAUGUUGUUCAAAUCUGUUGAUAUUUCUCAUAUCAGAAAUGAAUCAUGCACUUAUGAACAGUUAUUGCAAAGAGUAAGUUGUGAGAAUUUUUUAAAAAUUUUUCAAAAAGUCAUAUUUUUCAGCUUGAAAAGAGUUAUCAAGAUUUCGUGAUUGUUGAUGAAGAAUGUCGCAAAUUGAAACAUGAAAUGAAGAAGAUGAAGGCUAGUAUUCCGGUAAGAAUAAUUAUUGUAUUCAAUAAUUAUUAUUUUCAAUCAAUUCUAUUUUUUCUUAUUUUGCAGAGCCUUGGAACUGAUGUCGAAUCAAGAAUCAAGAAGGAAAUCGGAGGAAUUGCUAGAGAUAUGGGCGCCGUCAACUCGCUAAGAAAAUAA